AUGAUGUCGAUCCUCUCUACUCUUCUCUGCCUCGGGCUGAGUCUGGGCCAGAGGAUCCACGUGCAGGCAGGGACCCUCCCCAAACCCACCCUCUGGGCUGAACCAGGCCCUGUGAUCCCUUAUGGGAGCCCUGUGACCCUCUGGUGUGAGGGGACCCUGGAGGCCCAGAAGUUUGAUCUGUAUAAGGAAGGAAAACGUGUGCUUUGGAACACACAGACUGAAAGGAAGUCCACAACCAGGGGCAAGUUCUCCAUCACACACAUCACAGAGCACGAUGCAGGGAGAUACUCCUGUUCUUCUAACAGCCCCACUGGCUGGUCAGAGCCCAGUGACCCCCUGGAGCUGGUGGCAACAGGAUUCUACAGCAAACCCAGGCUCUCAGCCCUGCCCAGCCCUGUCGUACAAUCAGGAGGGAACAUAACCUUCCACUGUGGCUCAGUGCAGGGAUUUGAUAGGUUCAUUCUGACUAAGGAAGGAGAUCACAGGCUCUCCUGGACCCAGGACUCAGAACCACACCCCAGUGGCCGGUCCCAGGCCCUGUUCUCUUUGGGCCCCGUAACCCGCAGGGGGACAUUCAGAUGCUAUGGCUAUCACAGGAACAGCCCCCAGGUGUGGUCACACCCAAGUGAUGCCCUGGAGCUCCUGAUCCCAGGACCCUCUGGAGACCCCAGCCCCCCACCCACCUCCACAGCUGGGGAAUGUUUGGACAUGAAGGACAGACAAGCAGAAGAGGACAGACAGAUGGACAGUCAGGCUGCUGCAUCUGAUGCCCCCCAGGAUGUGCCCUACGCUGAGCUAAACCUAUUGGCCCAUAGACAGCAGAAAAGUGCACCCCCAUUCUCCCCAUCAAAGGAUCCCUCAGAAGAGCCCAGUGUGUAUGCUGCUCUAGCCAUCCACUAG